CCUCUAUUUUGAUCAUAUCCUGUUUCUUUAUAAAACUGUGCAAAGUCUGGCCAGUAGAUCUAGUCUAUAUUUCAGUCUAUAGCAGUGGUUAUAGGCACAAUCUGAAGAUGGGAUGUGGGAAAAAAUGCUUUUACUGUGCUAUUGUAGUGGCUGUAGUGGCAUGGAUAUUUAAUGCUUAUCCAUGGCAAUGGUGGAAAAGAGAGUAUAAUAUUGUGCCUCCAGUCAGUUAUGAUGGAAGAAUACGUUUUGACCUUGACAACCUCCAGACGCCAUGCUCGGAGGACGAAAUUCAGACCAUAGUUGAGAAGGCUUACAAUGAAAAUCAGCGGAUUCGAGUGGUAGCUGAUGGGCACUCUUGGUCACUUAUCGCUCAAACCCAAGACAUAAUGGUUUCUUUGGCCAACUACACUGGAGUAGAUUUUAAAAAUCAAAACCCAAAUGAAGUUACGGUUAACGCUGGAACAUCUUUGAGGAAUAUUAGCCUUGAACUUGAUAAAAAUAAUCUUGCUAUGAUUCAACUUGGAUCAGUGGCUGGUCAGUCCAUUGCCGGAGCCAUCUCUACAGGUACCCACGGUACCGGACUGACUAUUGGCAAUAUAGCAUCUCUGGUCACUAAGCUAAGGUUCAUUUCUGGAACUGGUCAGAUUGUUGAGCUGGCUAAAGGAGACGAAAGGUUUGAAGCAGCACAAGUUAACAUAGGCCUCUUUGGUGUUUUGUCAAAGGUGACGAUUAAAGUUAAGCCCAAGUUCAAUCUGAAAGAAACGAGGACACGCCAUAAGCUGGAUUGGUGCAUCGAAAAUCUUUCCAAAUUGGCCAGUGAUUCUGACUACGUUUACGUCAAGUUUUGGGUGGAGUUUCAGAAUAACUUUUGUAUUCUGUUUCAAACGGGAGAAACUACAGAUAACAUAACAGGUGCACCUAGUGACAUCCUGAGCUUUCUUACGUACUACGCGUUUGCAGUUGUCACAAAGAUCACCUACGUAAUCCCGUCAAAAACUAAAUUCUUGAUGCUUUUAGUCAACUGGAUAGGUUUUGGUUUCAACACUGUCAGAGUCGACAACAGCUACCUCAUCCUAAACGACUACUUCGAACUGCCAGUUCAUCAGGAAGGUGAGAUUCUGGUGGAUUUUAAGGAUAGCGUGGAAGCAUUGGAAGCGGUUCGUGAUGUGGUGAUUGAAGGAAACUUUCCUGUCAACUACAUCACCGAGGUACGUUUUGUAGCCGGGGAUGAGAUAUGGCUGAGCCCCAGCUACAACAUGCCAUCUGGAAUAUGUGCUAUCACUCUAACCAUCUACGCACCAUCAGAAACGGUUGAGAGAUACUUCACAGCAGUCUAUGAUGCAACCAAGAAAUUAAACGCACGUUUUCACUGGGGAAAGCAUUUUUAUGCUAAACGGGAUGAGCUCAAUCUGUUAUACCCAAAGAUGGCAGAUUUCGAAGAACUCCGGUUGGAAUACGAUCCAAAAGGCAUAUUCAUAAAUGAUUUUAUUCGUGAUACCUUUAAGUUCAAAGAAGACUAAGUGAGUGGAAGAUGAUAUGCAUGUAGGUAGUUUUGUGAACGCUAAUAGACUAUGCUCAUAGGAAGAGGCAUCUAGAUAUACAUAGUAUAUGUAGCAGAGGAAUUCAGUAAUUAACACUAUAUAGAAUUGACAAAAGUGUGUAAAAGUGGCAUACAUGCAUGUACAGAUAAAAAAAUUAUGCUUUUUUUGAUUACACAAA